AUGUCAUGGCGAUUUGCGGUUGGGCUGACUGGGUGCUGUUGCUUUCUUGGUGCCUUACACCUUGAUACCCGACGGGCUUGUGUUUUCUACUCUUACCGCAACGAGACGGACGCCGAAUACCAGUUUGACAAGGACUUCCUGAAGGCCACGCCGGAACUCAGCCGACCAACGAGCGGGGCGGAGGAUAUCGUGCAAUUCACCGGGUGCAUGGACAGGGCCAAUUAUCCGAGCCAGCUCAACCCCGAGGACGAGGACGGAGUCUACCACAACCUCGACGGCGACAACGCCACCGAUCUCUCCGGGCGGCGGUGCGAGGCCUUCGAGUGGUAUGUGGAGUGUCUGCAGCCGGCGAGCGGGCAGCUUGCGGUAAGGUGCAGGCGCAUUGUCCGAGAUGUUGAGAGGAAGGAGCCUGGAAAAGAGGAAGAUGGAGGUAAUGAUGCAGCCUAG